AGUGUGCUUUCCUCAAUUGACAUACGCCUCCCGAAUUUCUUUACAAAUCUUUCUCGUCGUGCGUUCGGUUCGUACCGCCGCGGGUUUGUCUAAAAAAAAUUCAAUUAUAAUCAACUUGAAAUUAAAAUCUACAAAUUUCUUAUUGACUUCAAGUGAAAUCCACUAACAGUUGACAUUUAAAAAAAUCUUACAACAAAAAUGUCUUCAGAAAAAAUUGUAAACGGAAAUCCUUUGGGAGAAAAUCGUCAAACCAGGCCCAGCGUUACUCCGGCCAAGGUUUCGGUGGUUUUGGGCGCUCAAUGGGGAGAUGAGGGUAAAGGAAAAGUGGUCGACAUGUUGGCCACUGAAGUGGACGUUGUUUGUCGGUGUCAGGGUGGAAACAACGCUGGACACACUGUUGUUGCUAAUGGCACAGAAUUCGAUUUUCAUCUAUUGCCAAGUGGCGUUGUAAAUGAAAAAUGUGUUUCCGUCAUUGGCAAUGGCGUUGUAAUUCAUUUGCCAAGCUUAUUCGAAGAGCUUCGUAAGAACGAAGAAAAGGGUUUGCAUAAGUUGCAACACCGUUUGAUUAUUUCGGAUCGUGCACAUUUGGUGUUUGAUUUCCAUCAACAUGUCGAUGGCAUGCAAGAAGCUGAAAAGGGCGGAAAGUCGCUCGGUACAACCAAGAAGGGUAUUGGUCCAGCCUACUCCAGCAAGGCCACACGCAAUGGCAUCCGUGUAGGUGAUUUGUUGUGUGACUUUAAUUUGUUUGCCGAGAAAUUCAAGUCAAUUGUGGCCACACAUUUGCGUCUGUUCCCCUCAAUAUGCGUUGAUGUCGAGGCCGAAUUGCAAAGGUAUAGAGAAUACGCUGAUAUGGUGCGGCCAUAUGUAAAAGAUACAGUAUGCUUCCUACACACAGCCCUGCGCCAGGGUAAAACCAUCUUGGUUGAGGGUGCCAAUGCAGCUAUGUUGGAUAUUGAUUUUGGUACAUAUCCAUAUGUGACUAGCAGUAAUUGCAGUAUUGGUGGUGUGCUAACUGGCUUGGGAUUGCCACCACAAGCGAUUGGAGAUGUAAUUGGAGUUGUUAAAGCUUAUACAACUCGUGUCGGAGAUGGACCUUUUCCAACUGAACAGCUGAAUGAAUUUGGCGAUCUUCUUCAAAGUAGAGGUUUUGAAGUUGGUGUAACUACAAAGAGGAAACGUCGUUGUGGUUGGUUGGAUCUUGGCUUAUUGAAGUACACUUCGCUUGUGAAUGGCUACACUUGCAUUUGUCUAACCAAAUUGGACAUCCUUGAUACAUUUAAGGAAAUUGAAGUUGGCAUUGGUUACAAAAUCGAUGGAAAAGUUGUUGAUCACUUCCCAGGUACAAUUUCUGAGUUGGAAAAAAUUGAAGUUAUUUACACAACCCUGCCUGGUUGGAAUUCCUGCACUGAGAACAUUCGUGACUUUAAAGAGCUUCCUAAAAAUGCACAAGAUUAUGUACGAUUUAUUGAAAAGCAUCUGGAUGUUCCGGUUCGAUGGGUUGGUGUUGGCAAAGGACGUGAAUCAAUUAUUAAUGUUGAUUAGUAGUUUAUUGACAUAUUGUGUAUUUUAAUUAAUAUUAUCGCCUCCUUGUCCCCUAUAAUCAAAAAAAAAAAAAAAAAAACAAAAUAAAAGAAAA